AGUUUCAUCACUAUCCCAUAGAUGUCAGGCAGAAAGGAAAAAUAUUUGUGAAACAGCCAAAUUAUUCGGUAACAAAACAACAUUCCAGGCAGCAAACAAUUAUGAAUUGGCACACGGGCAAUAUAGCUGAAGCUGUGGCUGAAUCCAAAGCCAAAGAUGCCAUCUUCGUUGUGUACAUUCAAGGCCAGAAUGAGAUGACAGCCAAUCUGGAUAGAUAUCUGGAUGAUCCACGAGUCACUGAAAAGUUGCAGACACAAGAUUUUGUAGCUGUUAAAAUUCAAGGUGAUAGUGCAAGCUAUGCACAGUUUAUAUCGCUCUACAAAGUGGUACCUGUGCCAUCGAUCUUCUUCAUUGGUAAAUCUGGCACCCCACUGGACAUUGCCACAGGAAUCGUUAGCGGAGUCGAUGAGCUGUUGAUAAAAAUCAAUAAGGUGCUUCUCCUGUCUGGCAAACAAAAGGUGAAUGCCCCAACUACCAGUGCAAUAGCCAAUGAGGCUCAGGGGGAGCAGUCGCGACGAAAAAUCGCCGGCGAUGAUAACGAUCCCAGUGACAACACUCUGGUGGACCCAGUUCCAUUGGCUCAGAAAUCUGUACCUGCAGCGGAAGCUGUGGAGCCUGUGCCUGAGCCGGCUGCAGAAGAGGAGUCAGAGACAACAGAUAAAUCAACUAAAACAUCAGAGACAGCAAAGCAAGCUGAGGAGCCUAACAAGGAUCCCGGGGCAGCCAUGAGCAGCCAAUCGGCUGCAGCUAAGCAAAAAUCUGAGACAGAAAUGAAAGUGACUCAACCACUGAAACAUGCGCCAGCUGCGCAGAAAGAAGCCCAGGAAGAGCCGCAAACAAAGAAAUCUGUUGCAGGCCUUUCCAAAUCGGAGCCGGCAAAGAAAUUACAGCAGUCAGCUGCAGCUGACCAGGAAACAGCAAAGGAAUCGACGAAAGAGCUAGCAGUGUCUUCUGCUGAGAUGGAAGCGGCAACUUCUUCCCCCAAGCCAGCUGAGCCAACGGCAGCGGCCUUGUCAGCGGCAGCGGCAGCUGAAAAGCGUGCGGCAGCUGCAGCAGCCGCAGCAGCAGAAGUAGAAGCAGCCACCUCAGCGACUGCCGGCACAAUGGCCACUGAGAUUACAUCUACAGCGGUGCCCGGCCCUGGAUCGCCAUUGACGGCCACCGAGCAAACGGCGUUGCGUGCGACGAUGAACGUGCAACAGCAGGUGGAGAAGCGUAAGAAAGAGCGCUCAGACGAGAAGAAGCGACGCGAUAAGGAUGGCGAAUUGCGACGCCGUCGUGAGGGACGUGAAGCUCUGGAGCAACAACAGGCUGCGCGGGAGCAGGAGUUAAAAUCUAUGCAAGAACGCAUUCGACGCGAACGCCAACAGGAGCAGGCGACACGUGAACGUAUCCUGGCUCAAAUUGCCGCCGAUCGUGCGGAGCUGGCCAAUCGAGCAGCCAUGGCAGCGGCUGAAGCUCCUGUGACUGCUGCGCCAAGCCCAGCCGUAACGGCAACAGCAACGAUCACACCCGAGCAGUCGCAUCAUUCCGCUGUGGAGGAGACACGCCUGCAGAUCCGCUUGCCCGGUGGACUAAUUCGCAUUAAAGAUUUCCCAGCAAUCGAGCCGUUGGCCACAGUGCGUAACUACGUGCGCGAGGAGCUGCUCGCCAGCAGCAACAUACGCGAAUUCACACUGGCCACCAGCUAUCCGAGGCGUGAAUUCAAGACGGAGGAUGAGCUGAAGUCAUUGAUCGAUUUGAAUCUGGUGCCCAAUGCAGUGCUAUUGGUGCUCGGCAGCAGCCAGGUCAACGUGGUGGUGCGCAGCCGCAACAACAUGAUGAACAUCCUAACCAGCGUCCUCUGGGCAAUCCUGACACCGGCCGCCGUGGCCUUUGACUACAUCAACAAGUAUGGCUUUCAGCGUCUGCGCGUGAAUUUCAUGCAGAUGAUUUCCAAUAUUGGCUGGCGUCGGCGAGAAGAAGUCCAGGCUCCUCCCGCUGCCGAGGUCGGAGAUAUCGCCUCUCGUCGCAACAUGGAUAUGUUUAUGCUGCGCACAACCAGCGCACCCGGCCUGCAGCGUGCCAAUCCACAGAAUGCGGUCGGCGGACCGGAGCAUCAGAUUAAGCCAACGGAACUGUCCAACAAUGGUGCAGCUCAGCCGCAGGACUUGGCACAGCAACGAUCGGGCAUCUUUAAGCCAACACGCUUUGGCCAGGCCAAUAUACGUCGUUUGGCCGACACAGCUAAGGACGAUGACGAGGAUAAGGCCACCUACAAUGGCAACUCGACACAACAGCAAUAAGCGCGAAGCAAUUUUUACAUAUAUAUAUAUAUAUAUAUAUACUUAUACAUAACUAGUUAAAAAUGUUCUCUUUAUCCACAUUCACAGCUUCAAAAUAUGCAGCCUUAAAUUAUAUAAAUAACUAAAUACAAAAGUAAUGGAAAUUUAGAAUAUUCAAAUUUAAA